CUGUCAUGCACUCACUGACCCCGACUCUCUGAGUUUGUCUGUCUGUCUGUCUCGGUGUGAUCCUUCUUGAUCGAUCCUCCUUUGGCACACAGUCGUGAAAAGAAAUAGCAGCCAGUCCAUCUCUGUCCACUCACUCACUCAGCCGUCGGCUAGUGGGCUCCGUACAUGAGGCUCAUGUGCUCUUUCUCUGCCCGGAGCCUCAUGUCUUCCUCUUUCUGGAGCCUCUUGUGUGCCUCUUUGGCAGCCUCUGCAUAGCAGACAGAAGACACACAUUCGUGCAUGUGUGUAAGUAGCGAUCAAGUAGGUUAAAAUGCAAACGGCGGGCGGGGGGCUCGGCAGGUAUUCUUAUCCGUCUGUCUGUCUGUCUCAGAGUCUGACUCAGAGUCUGACUCACCUCUGUCAGGGUCCCACUUCGGGUGUCCACCGAAGAACUUGAUGAUCUCCGUGUCGCCCCACGUCUCAAUGGACAUGAGGCCAAACAUGGACAUGAGGUCGUCCUCGUACCUGACGGUUGUAACGGAGUCCCGCCUCACGACGAAGUUCUGUCUCACACGAGACAAGGCAAGGACACACACAGGAUGGGACAUGUAGUUGUUGCAACAUCUGAGUCGCUGUGGCUUGCUCCUUCUCACCACUUUCUUGGCGGCCAUGCACCAGGUCUCCGGACGGUUCCAGCCGACAGACAUCACACCAGCUGAGUUGCAGUGUUUGGCCACCUCCUCUGCGUCCUCUGUCUUGAAUGCCUCGCAUGUGCCCACUCCCUCGUCAACCGAUCCGACCGGUCCGCUGUCCAUCAGUAUCUGUCGUCCGGAGAGACAGACAAAGGGCAGAUAUGAAACGCUCCCGCAUCUAUCGAUUCCUAGCUCACCUCGUUGACGACACAGGUCUCUUUAGGUUGGCACUCCAUCCCAGAGGACAUCAUGCUCCCGUACAUCUGUGCCUGUGUGCAGACGACACAGAAGCGUCGUAAGGCCAUCUUGUGCGACGUCUCACCGUUUUUUUGGUUCCCGUGCGUUCGGUGUAGUAGGCUAUCAUGCGGACUUCGCACGGUUGGGGCUGGAUGUUCUUGCAAGUGGCCAGGGCGACGCAGGAGGCGACCACCAGGGCCUUAAGCAGAAGGGCCGGCACGACGGAUGCCAUCUGCAAUGACAUGCCAAACAGAACAGAGCCAUCCAGUCCUACGGCCCCCUGUGACGGCGUGGCAGUCAGCCCCCGGCCGCCUCGUCUCGCUCACCGUCUCGAAAGCCGCAGGAAACUCAAAUGGUGAAGAAACGCUUAGUCAGGGACACUCAGAGAGGCUUCCGAGACCGCAGAAAUGAAGGCGGCAGGCUCUGCGGCGCUCCCUGGCCUGGUGCGAGGCGCAAUGCGAGGCGUUGUGUCACAGGCCUCGUGGCAAAGCCCCCAGUGACAGGCACCCGUGGGCUGCAAUAUUGCUCAAGACAGCGGAGACCCACCGUGAACUUGAACAAGGCCACUGGUGCAGGUCGAGACGCCCCCACGUUUGACACUCGAAAUUGUCGAUCCGUGUCUCGUGUUCCCCUCCCGCCGACGAGACAAUGCACCUCUCGCAUGCCAUGGCUCGCACGUCACGCAAUCAAUGCGCGCAAUGUGACGAGCGGUGAGGGAAUGCAUCUAGUCCUUAACCGACUGUGGUCAUCCACGGGUGGUCAUCUCAGAAGAGCCCAUCAAAAGGACCAAGACCCAUUAAUUGUGCGAGUGAGUGCCAUCCAUCCAUCCAUCCAUCUAUCCAUUCAUCCAUCCAUCCGCAAAGACGAUUAUACAACAUGAGCCUCAGGGAGACCGCCGUCUCGCCCACAAAUAUGCAGUGCACCAAAAGAGCGCAUUGCACCUGCACUCAUCUGCUC